AACAACAAAACAUAUUCUUCUAAAUGCAGUAAGAGACUCAGCCACUGCAGCUCUGAAACAUUUCAUCCAAAAGCUAUAUCCUUCAUCAUGAGGGAAAGGAAAGUUGCUCCCAAACGAUGGAGAUGGCAUCUGGAGCUUGUCUGCUGAGAGGCGAUCAUUCCGGUUGAGUGCGACCCAGGGACCAAUCUGUUUGGUUUAUCUCCAACCUGAUAGAGCCCACAGGAAAUUACAGUGGCCAACAGAACAAAACAGACGGGCAACGUUGCACGAGCGAGCGGCAUUUAACAGGGAGAAUGUUUUCCGAUGUCUCGAAGUUCUGAACGAAUGAAAGCACUGUUUGGGUCGCUUCCGAAUUUUGUGAACUUUUUUACAGGUCUUCCGGAGUUUUAAUUUUCUUUGCUUGUCUACAAGGACGUUUUCGAUUACAAAUAACGAAGACCCAGCCCAAUUUUCAUGGUGGAACACCAAGCACGAGGCUCUCUUCUCUCUUGUGUACUCUGACCUGUCUUUGUUCCGUUCCUCGGACUGUCUGCUAUAUAUUGACAGACAGCCACUGAAGUUCGUUGCCUCAGUUCUGAACCAAUCUCAGGUUGUAAGGAAUAUUUAGGGAGGAUCAAUGGAAAGCAAGCGAUUUAUGAGUUGGAAGAAGAGUUCUGUGCGGUUGCAUGGACUAGAGAACUUAGAGGAGGAUGAAGAAUUGGGCAUACUAUCCUCAUUGUCGUUAUCAUCGAUCCCUCCUCCGCAGACACCAAAGGAACCCAUGGAGUUCUUAUCAAGAUCUUGGAGCCUUUCGGCUUCUGAAAUCUCAAAGGCUCUUGCUCAGAAACAGAAACGUUUUCUUCCCGACAAGAAUCCUGAUAUGAUCUCAGAGACGAUUGCUGCAUCACAAUUUCUAUGUAGAACAGUCAAUUCAGUUCAUGUUCCACGUACAACAUUGGUUGGAAAAUGGUUCCACAAUAAAGAACUUAUCAAUAAAAAAGUGAAGAAGAAAGAAAAGGUGCGUGCCGACAAUGCUCGCAUCUAUGCUGCCCUAUCUGUGGCAGGGGUUGCUGCAGCCUUAGCUUCUGUGGCUGCGGUAGAGAGUUCCAACAGCCCCACCUCAAAAAUGACAGCAGCUGUUGCAUCAGCUACAGAGCUCUUGGCAUCUCACUGCAUUGAGGUCGCUGAGUUAACAGGUGCUGAUCAUGACCGGGUGGCCUCUGUUGUUAGAUCAGCUGUGGAUGUUAGAACUCCUGGUGAUUUAAUGACUCUGACAGCUGCAGCUGCUACAGCUUUGAGAGGAGCAGCUGCCUUGAAGGCAAGGGUGCCCAAGGAAGUCAAGAACAACGCCACAAUAAUCCCCUAUGAUAGGAGUGUUGGAGCAACUUGCCCUGUUGCUGUUUGCCAGAGUGAAAUUGAGAUUCAGUGUUCUCUCUGCAAAGGCGAACUACUUCAUCUCACACGGAAAGGUGUAGUACGUUGGAAGCGAGUGUCAAUUUACAUCAACAAGAAGUCACAGGUCAUCGUUAAACUCAAAAGCAAACAUGUUGGAGGAGCCUUUUCAAAGAAGAAAAAGUGCAUUGUUUAUGGUGUCUGUGAAGAGAUUCCAGUGUGGCCAGUAAUGAAAGAGAGGGUUGGUGUUGAAGGAUGCUUUUUUGGAUUGGAAACUGCCCAGGGUCUUCUAGAAUUCAAGUGCAUCAGCAAGAUGCAUCAGCAAAAAUGGGUUGGUAGCAUACAAAAUUUGCUUCAACAAGGCAGCUUUAUUGGAGGGACACAAACCUCCACUCAAUUGUUAAGUAUUGAUUGAAGAUUUUGAUCAAUUAGUAACUAUGACCCAUGGCAAAUGAGAUAUUUAGGAGUUGUAGAUAGCAUAUGGUGUUUCGUCACCAUUUCCAUGGUAUAAUACAUAUUUAGCUCAAUGAAACACACUAUAACAACAUAUCAUUGGACUAUUUUUU